AUGAUUUAAAAUUCUAUCAAGUAAAAUGAAGAUGAAUAUCUAAAGUUUUGUUUAGAUUGUUAUUAUACAAAAGAAGAAGAGUUUGAUAUAGGGUAAAAUGGAAUAUCAUUCAAAUAGAGUAAAACCAAAAAGUAAAAGGUUUUCUUCAUCUCUAGAAAAAUAAAAGUUUAUAGAGGAAUAUACAAAAAAGAAAAAGACAGAAUUAUGUAAGAACUUUAUGCUUAAAGGAUCUUGCAAAUUUGAUACAGAAGUAUUAUAUAAAAUUAUUGAUCAAGUGUUCAUAUGCUCAUGGAUAUGCUGAGCUUUUACCUAAGGUACAUCUUCAUUAAAACUACAAGACAAAACUAUGUAAAAACUUUAUAAAUAACGGUUGGUGCAAUUAUGGACAGAGAUGUUAAUAUAUACAUCCAGAAAAUUCAUUAAAUAAAAUUAAGACUCAUAAAUUACAAUCUUAUGAUAAAUAAGUAUCAUAACAAAAAAUUAAUGUAAACAAUUAGAAUUUAGCCGAAUAAAUUAUUAUUUUGUAUUCAGAAUUAUUAUAGAAACUUAGCUUUAGUCCAUAAUUUAGUAUCUCAAAUUUACCUAGAUUAAGUUAUUUUAUACGAUUAGGAGAGCAUAAAAUUUGA